GCUGUACGGGGCGCAGUCUCAACAUCACUACGACUGGAUAACAACAACAAACCAGCGGCUCAGCGCUCUGUGGCCACUUACACAACUUUUUUCACGUGAAAGGCCUUUUCAGAAAGAUCAUUUUUAUCACUGUUGACUCAGAUUUUUACCGGCUUGGGAUGUAACUGUCAGUGUAGAGUUUGCGCCCAGGCGGAGCACUGUUUUCCCGGACAGAUUUAUCUCCUGUUCGCUCACAUUUCACAGGCGAAGCUACAACUUUUGAGGGGCGACAUAUUUUGCCGCUUUUACAUGACAUUGUAACACUUGGCUCCGUCACCUCUCGACCAUGGCGGAAGCGGCCCAGCAGCCACACCUGGUGGAAAUCGACCCGGAUUUUGAGCCCCUGCCGCGGCCCCGCUCCUGCACUUGGCCCUUGCCCCGACCGGAGUUCAUCAACCCGGGCGACUCCAACACGUCAUCGCCGGUGCCGUCUGUGAAGCAGGAGCCCGCCAGCAACGCCGAGUUCAUCAACAACCUGAGCCUGCUGGAGGAGUCCGAGGACUUCCCGGAGCAGAAACCUGUCAUCCUGUGCUCUGAUUUUCAGUGUCAGGAGAACUGCGUCCACCAGCAACCUCCACAGCAGCAGCAGCAGCAACAGCAGCAACAUCAGCAACAACAUCAGCACAAACAUCAGCAGCAGCAUCAGCAGCAGCAGCACCCGAACCCGCAACUCCCGCAUCAGCAGCAGCAGCAGCAGCAGCAGGUGCCUCUGCUCUCCUCCCCGGUCGGCUCCUCGUCCUCGGCGGCCGCGGCCGCAGCUGCCGCCGCUGCCCAAAGGAAGAGCAGCUCCUCCCGGCGAAACGCAUGGGGGAAUAUGUCAUAUGCAGACCUCAUAACCAAAGCUAUCGAAAGUUCUCCUGAGAACCGACUAACUCUGUCUCAGAUUUAUGACUGGAUGGUGAAGAGUGUGCCAUAUUUCAAGGACAAAGGAGACAGCAACAGCUCUGCAGGCUGGAAGAACUCCAUCAGACACAACCUGUCGCUGCACAGCCGCUUUGUCCGCGUCCAGAAUGAGGGGACGGGCAAGAGCUCGUGGUGGAUGUUAAACCCAGAGGGCGGGAAGAGCGGCAAGUCCCCGCGACGCAGAGCAGCCUCCAUGGACAACAACAGCAAGUUCACCAAGAGCAGAGGAAGAGCAGCCAAGAAAAAGCUGUCCCUGCAGGGCGGCCCUGACGGAGGCGCAGACAGCCCCGGCUCCUACUCUAAGUGGCCUGGCAGCCCCAACUCCCACAGCAACGAUGACUUUGAUGCAUGGAGCAGCUUCAGGCCUCGGACCAGCUCCAACGCGAGCACUCUGAGCGGCCGCCUCUCACCCUUCAUGCCUGAGGAUGAUCUCGGAGAGGCAGAUGUGCAUAUGGGCUACCCGGGACCCCCGGGGGCCAAAAUGACAGCCACGCUGCCCAGCCUCACGGAGAUGACUGGCUCUCUGGGACACAGUUCUGAGAAUGUUAUGGAAAACCUUCUGGACAACCUGAACUUGCUCUCGCCCAACAAUUCUCAAGUUGGAGGAGGAGCGACGACCCCCGGCUCCUCCCAGUCCUCCCCAUCUCCUAUGAUGCAGCCGAGCCCUGGGUACCCCACAUACAGCUCCCCCAGUAUGGUGACGCAGCCUCAGCAGGAGUAUCGCAAGUGUGUGUAUGGUCAAGCGGGAAUUAACACCCUGUCACCCAUGCCGCUGCAGACACUGCCAGAGAGUAAGCCCGGCUUCGGGCCGGGUUUGGGCCAGUACAGCUGCCCUGCAGGGCUCCUGAAGGAGCUGCUGACGUCAGAUACAGACCAGCACGGAGAGCUCAUGCCGUCAGUGGACACCGUGGUGUCUCAGUCCAGCGGAGGCUGCAUGUUGCCGCCAUACAGCAGCAGUCAACACGCAGCCAAACUCAUGGGAGGAGGAAACGGUCACCUGCACAGUCUCUCUCACACUCACCCCCACAAUGUGCACAGCCAAGCCCCCACCACGUCACCGGCUAUGAACGGCCGCUUGCUCAUGUCCCUGAGCCACAGCGGGGGCACCACGCGUUUGCCUACGGCCAAAAGCCCCAUGCAGAUGCCUUAUGGCCUCUCCAGCCACCUCGGUGGGGGAGGCAUGCCUGGCGGCUUCUGCCCUCUCAACACCAACGGAUACGGUCGACCCGGCCUGGCACCACCCUCACACCCAGAGAAGCUGCCCAGCGACUUGGACGACAUGUCCAUCGAGAAGUUUGAGUUUGACAUGGAGACGGUCCUCCAUGACACUCUGAUGGACGGGGAUUCACUGGACUUCAACUUUGAGCCAAUGGUGACCCAACAGGGUUUCCCCCACGGGGUGAAGACCACCACACACAGCUGGGUGUCAGGGUAAAAAAAACUGUAGUACGAAAAAAGUUCUGUUCGUCCGGACUGUUGUUGUUGCUGUUUGGCAAAAGACAGAAUCAGAACUCAUCUGAGACAACAAAAAAAAUAAAAAUAUCGUAGGAUGUUUAAUCCUCAUCCCAACAUCAUCUGCGGUUUCUGUACCAUCAACAUUUCUGUUUCACAAAUACUCCAGCAGACUGAGACUGGUCACGAUCUGCUGAGGAUGCAACACCAUUAGAGCCCCCGAACUGAAGAAGAUGAAAUCAGAAUUAUUUUUGAAAUCUCACAUAUUCUGUACAAACUUAAGUGCCAAACAUUUUUGCCUUAACGUAAGAGCCAAACUGAAACACACCUCCUCUGGUUUCCUCACCAAGGUUAGAAAUACUAUACAGUGGUUUUGUCUGCGAGUGACACUGCCAACUCCAUCUCAUCAUCAGCAGCACAAUCUGUUUACUUUGUCUCCACAAUCAAACUUUUUGUAUGUACAGUUUAGGGAUAAUUGAUUACCACUACGGACAAAUUAUGAAGGUAAUCUGGCUCAUGGGUUCGUGGACUGACAUGAUGUAAAGUGAGAGACUUCUCAAGGGAUCCUCGGAUGAUGUUACAUAAUAACUCACUUUGUUAUCGCCUGAAUGUACAUAAUGUCAUCAUACCGUUUGUAAAAUCAGGUCUUGUAGUGUAUUUUAUAAGACUGUAAAUAGUGUUUACAGAAUGGAAGCAAAAAUUAAGGCAGCAGAAAUGAGCUCACAAAGAAAACUGGAUCAGAUUCUUUCAAACGCACGUUGAGUGGACGGAUCUGUGCUUUGAGAAUCCUUCUCAAUCAGGCUGUAAAAUGGUAAUACACUCUCUGAUUUGUUGUACAUACAUUACGAAUGUAUAUUAAAAUGAUGUAGUAGGUGUUUACUAGAUUUAGUAUAUAUUUGAGACCUAAAUUAUUUGUGGUUUAAUAUAGAUUUAUGCUGGUGCAUAACCUGCGCUCGGAUGUCAGAAUUGUCCUGAGCCGUUCGUCACUCUGAACCUUAAUACCACAGGGGCCUAUUUAUUGUGCCUAACAGAGUAGACUGCAGGCUUGAAGGGUUUUAUAUUGUAAAUGUCUACGGUCCAGAAGAUACUCAAAUCCAGCAGCCUUGAAGAGAAGUACAGUGAAUUCUUUAUUUUCAGCUCCCUGCUUUCAUAAGAAGAAGCGAGCAGGCUGCAGGUGUUUCCUGAGCGCUUAGGAGGUCGAGGCAGGUUGGAGAAAAGAUAUUCUCACACACACAAGGCUGAGUCCAAGACCUGCUAGAGAUUGCCAUUGAAGUCACUGUGAGAUACCAGCCGGUCCCCCUGUUCAGUUUCAGAACGUUUUCUUCUCUGUCUCAAAAGGUUAGCCUGACUGAUGUAAAACAGUACAGUAUGAUUCCUCUGAUGCCAUCUAUAGGAUCAGCUUUUUAAUGAGACUCCACUUUCAGUCUGCCCCUCCUACCUCUACCUGUCUCUGUGUCUUUUUAAACAUUUGAUAUAACGGUAACACGUGAUAGCUUGAUAGCUCCAGUCAUUUUUUUCUUUUUUUUUUCUUUUUAAUAACACGUUUAUUUUUGAAAGUUUCCCCUGAAAAGUGCUACUAAGUGUUAAGUAUCUUAUCUAGCUUGUAUAUUUGCAUUUUCCCACUUCUCCCACUUAUUGCUGUACUAACAAUGAGCUUGUCAGCCUGUCGAUGACUUGUUACGCAGAGUCACAUGUAGUGUGCAAGAUUGUGGCGACCUUUGUGAAGAUGGUGUGUGUAAACAUGGCUGCUUCUCAUGAAGUUGUCUGGUUCGGUGGCUAAAAGACCAAGUGGCUUAGAGAUAACUAAAACUGAAAACUGCCUAUUCGACAUUAAUGUUUAUUGAUUGAUUUAUACGGAAACCACAUAUAUCAGUGUGUGUCUGAUCAUGUGUUGGCAAGGACUGGGAGUAUGCAGGUUUUUUUUUUUAUU